CAGUAAUCUCAAGCGUAUUAUGCAACCAAACAGUGGCCUCAACAGCGUGAACUGGAUUCGUCCUGAAUUCUUUUCAUAAUCUAUUGAACCGGUUCAUGAAAAGAUCGCUCGUUGUGUGUUUACAGUCUCAAGCGCAAACUGGAAGGACGUGCAGACAUGAUGAACGGAUCCACACACAGCCGGACCAAUUCCUGGCGGGAGAAGAACGGGAGUGAAUCGGGGGCCGAGCAGUCCAGGGCGCAAUGGAGUACACAGUCAUUUACCGCGGAGGACAUCGUACAACAGUUCGCCUUGCCGCAAAUUGUCAAAUGUAACCAGCAAGCCAUUUUGGUGAAACGAGAGGUCCCUCUACCAAUUAACCUGGCGCAACCGAUCCUGCUUCACGACAAACGCACAAUCCGGAAACUCCUGGCCAGGAACGUUGUUUUGGACCCUACAACACAUCGUUACAGCGAAAAUGACGAAACCGUCGUUAUUCCGGCAGAUUAUGACGGCCUCUUCCUCCGCUUGCAAUCAAGAACUGCCAAGGACCACACCUGUCACAGAAGCAUCGAGUCACUUGCAAAGUACAAGGCCAGGGCUUUUCUGAAUCUCAGCAAAAUGGCAGCUUUUCAAAUCUCCAAAAAUCCCCAGUCCAAUGACUAUCAACAAAUUACAUACACAUCGGGGAACGUUUUCCUGGUGGAUAAGGUGUUCAUGGGAACGGCUCGGGUCAAAUCGGAAUCCAUUCUGUCACGCAAAUCAACACAGAUUCAACAAAUAAAGUACUUGAAAUGCAGAGACGAGAAAGACGUGGAAGUCCUUAUCCCUAUGUCCCAACCAGGGGAGUUCAUUGAGGCUCUUCCAAGUCCUGUGGGUAACGGGCGAAUGUCUGUCAACGCUGACAGUUUAAUUGCUUCGCAAAAAUUCCCUAUCGUUGUCAGGUUCAUAAGCGGCAGAAACCGACCGCGCCUGACGUCAUUUUCUGGGCUUUUCACGCUAUUGGACUCGUUUGAAGAAACUACCCUCUUUGGCUGCAUUCUUGACCCACACGGAUUCACGAUGCUGGAACUUCCGGUUUCUUCACCUCUGACCUUCCAACUAGCCCUCAAUACGCAUGAUCUAUAUUCACAUCCUGUUGUGAAGAAAGCUUUGCGUUUGUGUGACGCCAAAGGACAUGCGUAUUUCAGAGAACUAAAGUAUAAGUUUAAAUUUGCUCAACGAAUUCUUCAGAUCAGUGGUAGGAGAAUUGAACCGGAAGAUGAGAACGAUCCCGGGGAUCCACCAAGUGCUGCAAACUCCGCAAAAUUUGGAGUGACCACCACCUACAUCUACCUGUAGACAUUGUUCUUGUAGACUGUUAUCAUUCUCAAAAAUCAACCUAGUAUUUCUUUUGAUGCUACUACUGGUAUAUAUAUCGUGCAAUAAUGUAAAUUAAUAAUCAUCUAUUUUUUGAAACCACAUACGUCGUAUGCAUGUACAAAAUAAAUGUAACUAAUUACACUUUACUAUAAAGUACUGUGUACUUAAAUUUACAUGUAUAUAACUAAGUUACAUGGACAUCUAUUCUCAGUAUUUAUGUAUACAGUAUAUUAUAUGUGUUGAAUUAUAAGUUCAGCAUAUAAUGUGUGCUGUGACGAGUGGAAAACCCCCCACAGAUACACAUGUAUAGUUUGAUGCAUUUUAAAAGUUGAUAGCAUUAUGGUUUAUACACCUAACGUUACAGUUUGUAUAACAUUUAUUUAUUCAAAUCCUUUAAAUUUCUACUGAAUCGUUGUAUACUGACAUAAAUUGUUGGACUUAAAUGAUUGGCAUACAUGUAUUCAUCUCUGUUGGUUAAUAAAUUGCUGAAAAGCAAACCGUAUACAAAA